CCCUUUUGCGCCCCCUCCAUGAUUUCUCACCCACCGGACCACCGCUGCAUGAUGGUGCAGCCGCAGCCACCGCACACCACGUACCUCUCCCAACCAUCAUGCAGCAACCUCCACGGCCGGAAUACUAGACAUCGGAGCCUCCUCUCUCCCACGCAUAUCCUAGGCGGUCAACGCGAGCUCGCCACGCACCCUCGUCCUCGACGGUCGCAGGCGUUGCAACGUAGCAACUCAUCCCCAGAAGCCGUGCUGCGAUGCAACCUUGGCGUCGGCCACUGGAGUUGCAAGUCGUGGGCGGCGGAGCUUCAAUGGAGCGCUCGCCGGCGCUCUCAACGCAACGCUCAUCAGCGGCUGCAGUGAAGUUCAGGCGGAGUUGCAAAGCAGCUUCGACGGAGCCAUCGCCCGUCGGAGCUCUGCCAGGGCUGCAAUUAAGAUCGACCGGAGAUGCAAAGCAGCUUCGCCGGAGCCGUCGGAGCUCUGCCGGAGCUGCAAUGAAGCUCGGCCGGAGUUGCAAUGGAGCUUCGCCGGAGCGUCGGAGCUCUGCCAGGGCUGCAAUGAAGCUCGACCGGAGUUGCAAUGGAGCUUCGCCGGAGUGUCGGUGCUGCGUUGGAGCUCCGCCGAAGUUGCAGUAGAGCUUCGUCGGAGCGUCGAUGCCGCGUUGGAGCUCCGCCGGGGCUGCAAUGGAGCCGGCCGGAAUUGCAGUGGAGCUCGUCGGACGGCGUCGGUGAUGGUUGGAGCACCGCACAGUGCUGCAAUGCCACAUCGUUGAAGUUGUCGUGAUGUACUGCUGCCGUGGCGUUGUUGUGGUCAAACGGCCUAGCACGCUGAUCGGACGGCUGAACAGGCGGAUGCUGAUUUGUAGUAACGCCCUAAAAAAAUGCUCUACGAGCGAGGCAUGAGAAUAGGAAGAUUUGGCCUCCAGCAGUACCCGAUUCGGCAGAGCCAAACACAACCUACAAGCCGAAACCGCCACACCUCACCCAUAUCAAACUCCAACGAUCUCCUCGUAGCAUCUCAAACAAAAAACAAUCUCCUCCUCGGACCUGCUAUGGCGUCCGUCGCAUUAAAGCUCUCACGGUUCGCUGGGACGGCCGCCAAUUCCGGCCGCUUCUCUCUUCGCUUACCCAGCCGCGAUCUCACUGGAGAUAUCACCAUUACCGCCCGGUCGCGACCGUCACUUAGAUCCACAAACUCCGCCGCCGCCUCAACCAGCCCCUCGGACUUCUUCCUCCGGCGCACCAUCGCUACGCUCCCCUCCGGUGAGGAAUCCCCUUUGACUGUCGGCGCCGCAGCAGAUGACCUCGAGGAUGAGUUCCGCCCUGACCCGGACACCGUUCCCUACUUCGACGAGAAGGACCUCGUCUCGGAUGAAACCCUGUGGGCUCUGUACGAGCGGUGGUGCCGCUUCCAUAGAAUGGCGCGCGACCACGACGAGAUGACUCGGCGAUUUGGUCGUUUCAAGUUCAAGGCGCGGCAUGUCUACGAAUUCAACAAAUCCGGUAGGAGCUACACCAAGGGGCUCACCCAGUUCUCCGAUUUGGAGCCAGGGGAGUUCUUCGCCCCUCGUCGCUGUCCCAGGACUCACAGAACUGGUACUCGUUUCUUCACCAACGACAGAGAUGAGAUCACGGCGAUCUGUACUGACGGGUGUCUCGAAACAUACGAGGGCCCCGUUUGGAUAAUCCGUAAUGUUAAGCAAACCUAAAGAAACGGUUGUACACGCUAGCAGUAAAUACGAUUGCUAUUGUAAUCUGCCUGCCAUUUGGAUGCAAAGGAAAUGUAUGCUUGCUAGAUGGUAA